AUAAAUUUAUUUUUAUUUUGUUUCAUAGAGGAGACAAUGGGGGACGGUGAGGAUGGUCCUCCGGCAAACAUGUCAAAGCUAGGUUGUAAUUUGGGUCCAGAUGACGGCGAUGACAUGGCGAUGGCCAUUUCUCCUAGCAGGGCCGAGGGCUCGUAUGGCGUCAUGCAUAUGCGCCAGCCCCAGGGCCUGCUUGCCGCCUCUGACUCAGAGGACUCUGGUAUGGAAGAGGCCGUCGCCAGGGUGAGCCGAAGGGAGCCGGAGAGGCCAGCCAGGGCGCAAGGCCAACACAUGGGCCCUCCGCAGUUCAACUGGCAAGCCAGCAAAUUCUCUCUCAAAGACAGGUUUUCUUAUAUGUUCAACAAUGAAGUGCUUAGUGAUGUCCAUUUUCUUGUUGGCCGAGAGCCUCUUCGCCAAAGAAUCCCAGCGCACAAACUGGUGCUCACCGCUGGUUCGGCGGUGUUUGAUGCCAUGUUCAAUGGUACACUUGCAACGACUGCACCCGAAAUCGAGCUCCCUGAUAUCGAGCCAUCCGCAUUCUUGGCUCUCCUUAGGUUUUUAUAUACAGAUGAGGUUCAAAUUGGGCCAGAGACAGUGAUGACAACAUUGUAUACUGCUAAAAAAUAUGCCGUACCUACUUUAGAAGGCCAUUGCGUUGAUUUUUUAAAGAGGAAUUUGAGGGCAGACAAUGCGUUUAUGCUACUUACGCAGGCCCGACUGUUCGACGAGCCUCAGCUCGCCUCUCUUUGUCUCGACACAAUUGACAAAAAUACAUUCGAGGCUGUUUCCGCUGAUGGGUUUACUGACGUUGACCUGGAAACAUUGAUAGCCGUUCUUGAAAGGGACACGCUUCACAUACGAGAAACCAAGCUGUACCAGGCUGUUAUCAGGUGGGGCGAAGUAAGAUGCCAGCGGCGUCAGUUACCGGUGACACCCGAUAAUUUGAGGUCAGCCCUCGAUUCCGCUCUAAGCCUCAUUAGAUUUCCGUUGAUGGGACUUGAAGAAUUCGCCCAAGGGCCUGCUCAAUCAGGUGUCCUUACGGAUAGAGAAGUCGUCUCAUUGUUUCUUUACUUUACUGUCAACCCUAAACCUCCCUUGCGCUUCAAAGAUUCUCCUAGAGGUCUAAUGACAGGUCAGUUAUCAGUUAAUCGUUUUAAACAAGUUGAAUGGAGGUGGGGAUACAGUGGAACAAGUGAUCGUAUUGGUUUUUCUGUGAACCGUAAGAUAUAUGUAGUUGGACUGGGGCUCUAUGGUACACCACAUGGCCGAGGGCCCAGUGAAUACGAAGUGACAAUUGAAAUCGUUCUUCCGCUGUCGGGGCGAAUCUGCAGCUCGAACAUAACGAGAGUGUCAAGCGACGGGAAUUGCCCAACAUUCAAGGUCAUGUUCAAAGAGCCAAUCGAAAUCAGGCCGAACACACCUUACCACGCAUCAGCCAAAAUAAGGGGUCCUGAUACACAUUAUGGCACAAAAGGACAACGAAGGGUCGAAGUGGACUGCGGCAAUUAUGGCAAAGUGGUUUUCCAGUUCACCUACGUCGCUGGUACAAACAACGGUACUUCGGUCGAGAGCGGGCAGAUCCCAGAGAUAUUGUUUUAUACUUGAACAUUGCUGGCUGUGAUUUGUGUCAUAGGGUUUUGGUUAGUGGUUAGAUAUUUCCUUGGAGGCAACUUACCAUUUACGUUAAGAGAAAUAUAAAAAACUGUCAAGGAAAAAAUUAAAACAUUUAAAACAAUUGUUAUUUCUUGGUUGAAAACUUAACUGAAUUUAACAAAUACUUUUCUAGUCUUUCCUUGAAAUUUUAACAAAAAAAUAUCAAGCUGUCUUUUCUUUAAAAAAGAUUAAUGUUGUUUUAUUGAAUGUUGUCUAUAAAAAUAUAGUGAGAGCAUUGAAAUUUGUGUUGUUAACAGAAAAGACAAAGCUUGAUGAUCUAAAACUUUUUUUAAAAUGAAUAUAUAAGAAUUACCAUGCUUAUUUUUUCAAGUGGUAUUAAAAUCUAGUAAUAAAAUUAUAAUUCUAUUUUCUAAAGAUAAAAAGUCGUUGCCUUUAUUUUUAUUUUUUAAAUACAAAAUAUAAGAAUCUCAUUAGCUUAAAUCGAUCUUGAUUUUUGUUAAAACAUUGUUGUUUGUUAUAAGAUCAUUUGUAUUAUAUUUAACAAAAUGGAUGUCACUAUUACGUAUAAUUUGUGGUUUACAUGCAUUUAAAAAAUAAAUAAAUAAAAAAAUUAUA